AUCCAAACUCACAGCACGCUAGCUCUUCAGAACUUGCGGACGAAAGACUGACCGUGCACCGCUAGCAGAUCGAUCGACCAUGGCGUCGUCCUCUCUUCUCCUCCUCGCCGCCGUCGCCCUCUUCGCCGCCUCCGCAGACGCGGCCACCUUCAACGUCAUCAACCGCUGCAAGAACACGCUGUGGCCGGCCGCCCUCCCCGGCGGCGGCGCGCGCCUGGACCCUGGCAAGACGUGGACCGUGCAGGUGCCGGCGGGCACGGCGCACGCGCGGGUGUGGGCGCGCACGGGGUGCAGCUUCGACGGCAGCGGCCGCGGGACGUGCCAGACGGGGGACUGCGGCGGCGCGCUGGCGUGCACCGUGUCCGGGAGAACCCCCGCGACGCUGGCCGAGUACACGCUCAACAGGAACGGCCCGGACUACAUCGACAUCUCCCUCGUGGAUGGCUUCAACGUGCCCAUGUCCUUCCAGUGCCGCGGCAGGGGCCCCAGCUGCAAGGCCGACAUCAACGCCCAGUGCCCCGCCGCGCUCAAGGUGCCCGGCGGCUGCGCCAGCGCCUGCGAGAAGCUCGGCGGCGACACCUACUGCUGCCGGGGCCAGUACAAGGACAAGUGCCCGCCCACGGACUACUCCAGGUUCUUCAAGAGGCUGUGCCCGGACGCCUACAGCUACGCCAAGGACGACCAGACCAGCACCUUCACCUGCCCACAGGGCUCCAACUACGAUGUCGUGCUCUGCCCGUGAGCCACAUGUUCGAGAGAUCAACGACCAUGCAUUCGCAGCUCGCAACAAGUGCACACUAGUACAACUAUACACAAGAAAUAAGAGUCGCGAUAUUUAUUAUUAUCGCGCGUGGAGUAGUUGGUAAAUAAAUCGCUUAUUGCGAGUAUUUUGGCCCAUGAAUAAGGCCUUACUUACUGGCCAUCAUUUCCGACAUAUAUACGUUUGUUCAUGAAUAAAGAAACUUUGCAAAACAGCACAAUAUAUAAUUUAGCACAAUAUAUAAUUUUGGAG